AUGUCCUUCUUCUCCGUCCUGCUGAUGGCCUCAUGGAUCCUUGGCCCGCACAUGACUGAUUGCGCAUUUUCCAUGUGCCAGAAUUUGGAUCUUGAGGCGGCUCGGGCCAGAAGGAUUGAGGCGAUCCGGGGCCAGAUUCUUAGCAAGCUGCAGCUGGAGACACCCCCCAAGGAAGAAGGGGUGCCCCACCCUUUGCCCCCCGAGGUGAUGCUCCUCUACAACAGCACGUGGGAGCCGGUGAGGCGGGUAGCCACCUGCGAGGGAAGACGCAUGGCUCGGCGCGAAGACGAGGAAUAUUACGCCAAAGAAGUCCGGCGGGUGGAAAUGUUGACCUCCGGACACGCUGACAAUUCCAUCCCCGGCCCUUUCUCCACCCCCUUCUUCCGAUUCCUGCACUUUGGGGUCUCCGCUGCGCACCCCAACUUCAGCCACCUGAUCCAAGCUGAGCUGAGGAUCUACAAGGUCCCGAAUCCUGGAUCCCACGCCACUGAGCAGCAUGUGGAGCUCUCUCAGGUGCUUCCCCUGUAUAGUAAAGUGAACCCCGAAGGGUCGGCUGCUCCUUGUUGUGUUCCCCGCAAACUGGAACCUUUGACCAUCCUGUAUUACGUCGGACGCAAGGCUAAAGUCCAGCAGCUGAGCAACAUGAUUGUGAAAUCCUGCCGUUGCCGUUAA